AUGACCAGCCCCUCGACAAAACGUCUCCUCAAAGAAUCAACAGACCUCCACAAAAACCCAAGCCCUUACUUCACUGCCGCUCCUAUCAGCGACACCAACCUCCACGACUGGCACUUCACCCUCGCCGGUCCCCCCGCGCCAGCUCCCUACGCAGGUGGCCUCUAUCAUGGCCGCAUAACCUUCCCACCCACAUACCCACUCCGGCCACCCUCGUUCCGCUUUUUGACCCCAUCCGGACGUUUCGAGGUUAACCGCGAGAUCUGUCUCAGUAUCUCCGGCCACCAUGAGGAAACGUGGCAGCCAGCCUGGGGGGUGAGGACAGCAUUGCUAGCGAUUCGAUCCGAGAUAUUCGGCAGCGAAAGUAAAGGGCAGGUGGGUGGCGUUGAGGGAAGUGCGGAUUUGCGCCGGGAAUAUGCGAGGGUCAGUCGGCAGUGGGCUUGUCGGGAGUGUGGAGUUAGUAACAGGGAUGUUAUGAAGGAUUGGUGGAGUAUCUGUGUGGAGAAGGGGGUUGAGGUGGAUGUUGAGGGGUUUGAGGGUAAUGGCCCAUCUGGAGAUGGGGCGCAACAGCAGGCUGGAACUGCUGAUGCGACUCUGGAUGGUGAGAGGCAGGCUGAGCCUGUGCCGACAACGGCUUCUACAUCAUUACAAUCGGAACCACGAAGCCAACCACAGGUGACUGCGCCGGCUGAAGCUAUACAAGCCAGAGCUGCUGCUGUUGCUUCGUCGACAGUGCCAUCUCAAUCAUCAACGCCGCAAACUACAGCUCUUCAACCUCGGCCUGUACCUGCAUCUGCAGCUAUCACACAAGCCUCAGAACCGGCGAACAGUCCAUGGCUAGACCGAGCCAUUGUAGUUGUUGUGUUCGCCUUGAUCAUCUUGAUCCUACGUCAGACUUUGGACGUAGAGGAUUUGUAG